AUGGAAUACUCGUCUGCAAACAAUAAAUUAUAUGCUCAUAUAGAUGUCUUGGAAAAUUGGAUCCCUCAUAUUGGUAUGGAAUUUUUCGGUGGCGAAUGCUUGGAUUUCUGUUUAUGUGCAAAAGAGGGUUACUGUUGUCUUGACAAGCGGGAUAAUUUGACAAAUAAUCCUAGAGCAGAAAGAAGAUUUGGUUGUCAGUUUUGUCUUGGUAUCUCUUUUGAUAAGGUCGCUGGAAAAUAUCGAGUUCAUGAUUUUGUAUCCGAACAUAAUCAUGUACUCCAUCCGCAAGAAACUACUCACUUACUAUCGUCGCAAAGAAAAAUAACUGAAGUACAAGCCAUGAAAAUUGAACGUGCUGAUGAUUUCGGUAUUCAGUCUAGAGCAACACAUGAGUUCAUAGGUGCACAUGUGGAUGGAACAUCCCAUCUUGGCUACACCCGUCGAGAUCACAAAAAUUAUCUAAGGAGUAAACGACAAAAAGAUGUGAUGUAUGGGGAAGUUGGAAGUUUGUUAAGGUACUUUCACUUGCAAACAAUGGUGAAUCCUUCUUUCCAAUAUUCAGUUCAGUUGGAUUGUGAAGAAAAAAUAACAAACAUAUUUUGGGCAGAUGCAAAAAUGAUCAUUGACUAUGCUUCAUUUGGAGACGUAGUUGCCUUUGAUACUACAUUCGGCACAAACAAAGAAAAUAGACCACUUGGUGUUUUUGUUGGUUUCAACCAUUCCAGGAAGACAGUUGUUUUUGGAGCUGAUUUAUUAUACAAUGAAACAAUUUAA